UUCUCUCAUUGCUGUAGUUUUAGAAGUUGAUCAUUGAUUUGUUACUUCCUGUUUUCUAGUUCCAUUGGUAUUGUAAAGUUGAAGCUAGUUUUAUCUCUACAUUUUCUUGAAUUAAAGACUUAAUUUCAUUAAAGUUCAAUCAUGAAGGACAAGUCAUCUCAAUUAAAGUAAAUACCAAUUGCAUUUUUUCCUUUGUUUUCUCUUCUUGCUUCCUUAAUGUGGCUAAUGCUUUACUUUGCUUUGAUGAAUAGAUUUCAUAUUCAUGGAAGAGUGAUUUCUAGAAUCUUCAAUUUUGUGAAGUGGAUGAGGGACUGUUUGGAAGUUGGAUUUUAGUGGAAGAUAAGAAUGGAAGACAAAGUCUCUUCUUUGGACCUAUUUAAGUCUUCUAAACAAACUAUUUCUUGACCAAUUUUAUCCACAAGUGUCAAAAUGUUUGACUUACAGCUAAUACCAAAACUUAAGGAAUUGUCCUUCUUGAAAAUAAUAGGUUGAUAAUGAUCUGGUUUAUUCAUAUUUAUUGACAAGAUAAUUGAGGGGCCUUUUUUUUUUUUAUGUGACUGAGUUAGUUCAGAGAGUUUUAUCUUGAUUAAAUUAAAGCUUGAAGCCACUUCUCUUGGAGGUGUUAUCUCUUCUCAGUUAAAAGUUGACUCAUUGUUGUGUUUUAGCAUCUUAUAUUCUUGUAAUACUUGUAGACAAGAUGUUGGAAAAUGGAGUUGAGGAGGAAGAACGACGGCCUUUUUCUGAUUCAUUGUUGCAGAAGGUUGAUCCUGGAAAACCGCCUUUACUUACAUGGAAGCGGAAGCUAAAUUGUUCAGGAAGUAACCCUACACAUUUUUCUCCUAGCAUUCGAGAAAUUUUGCACAUGCUUCCACUUGGUCUUAGGUUAUGGAGGCAUAUAAAUGGAGAAGCUGCAAAGGGAACGCCAUCAAUCAUGGAUCCAUACAACAAGCGUCUUCUCUCAUGUUAUCAUGGCGUUCCAUUAGGUGGGAUUGGUGCAGGAAGUAUUGGAAGAAGUUUGAGAGGUGAAUUUCAACGCUUUCAAUUGUUCCCCAGAAAAUGUGAAGACACCCCUAUUCUAGCAAACCAGUUUUCAGUAUUCAUUUCUCGCCCUAAUGGAGAAAAGUUUUCAACAGUGCUAUGCUCCAGAGGUCCCGAAGAGCUCAAAACAGACACAGGAAUGGGUAUUGAAUCAUGGAAAUGGAAGCUAGACGGGGAGAACUGCACAUAUCAUGCUUUGUACCCAAGAGCCUGGACCGUCUAUGAUGCAGGUGUUCCUGAUCCUGAACUCAGCAUUGUUUGUCGUCAGCUUUCACCAUUUAUUCCACAUAAUUACAAGGAUAGCAGCUUCCCAGUCGCUGUAUUCACAUUUACGCUUUCUAACUCAGGGAAGACUGAUGCUGAUGUGACCUUACUUUUCACAUGGGCUAAUUCAGUGGGUGGAAUCUCAGAAUUCUCUGGCAGACAUGUUAAUGAAAAGAUUUUGAUGGAAGAUAGUGUGCAUAGCAUCCUCCUCCAUCACAACACUUCAGAUGGACUCCCUCCAGUAACCUUUUCCAUUGCAGCUGAAGAAGCUCCUGAUGUCCGUGUCUCAGAAUGUCCAUGCUUUUCGAUAUCUGGAGAGUCUGAGAGUAUGACAGCAAGGGACAUGUGGAGGGAAAUUGAGGAGCACGGUUCGUUUGAUCAUCUUAAGGAUGCUCAGACCUUGGUAGCUUCAGGAAAAGGAUCAUCUAUUGGAGCUGCCUUAGCAGCAUCUGUUAAAGUUCCAUCUGGUGCUGUCCGUACAGUAACCUUUUCACUUGCCUGGGACUGUCCAGAAAUAAGAUUUCCUGGAGGAAAGACUUACCACAGACGAUAUACAAAAUUCUAUGGUGUUCUAGGUGAUGGUUCAGCAAGUAUUGCCCAUGACGCGCUCUUAGAACAUAACAAUUGGGAGCGUGAGAUUGACAAGUGGCAGACACCAAUACUUGAAGACACGAGUCUGCCGGAAUGGUACCGCAUCACUCUUUUCAACGAGCUCUAUUAUCUUAAUGCUGGGGGCACAAUUUGGACAGAUGGGUCCUUACCAAUGCAAAACUUUGGAACCAUUAAGGAGAGGAAGUUUUCCCUUGACAAGACAAAACCAGACUCAGAGAAAACUUUAAAGUUGGACGAACAAAAUGAGACCUAUAUGCGAUUACUUUCUAGGAUGAAAUCUACUGUUAACCAACUUCAGAUUCCGGUGACUUCAAACUCUGCUUUUGGUCCUUAUCUACUUCAAGACGGAGAGGAGAACAUUGGCCAGUUUCUUUAUCUUGAAGGGAUUGAAUAUCACAUGUUUAAUACCUAUGAUGUCCAUUUUUAUGCGUCAUAUGCGCUAUUAAUGCUCUUCCCGAAACUUGAGCUGAGCAUCCAAAGAGACGGUGCAAUGGCGGUAAUGAUGCAUGAUCCAUCUAAAAUGAAAAUUAUGAGUAAUGGAACAUGGGUUUCCAGAAAGGUUCUUGGAGCUGUCCCUCAUGACAUUGGACUUAAUGAUCCAUGGUUUGAAGUUAAUGCAUACAAUUUCUUCAACUCAGACAGAUGGAAGGACUUAAAUUCGAAAUUUGUCCUUCAAGUUUAUAGGGAUUUUGUUGCUACUGGUGAUAAAAAUUUUGGAAAAGCUGUUUGGCCAUCGGUAUACAUAGCUAUAGCAUACAUGGAUCAGUUUGAUAAGGAUGGCGAUGGCAUGAUCGAAAAUGAAGGGUUCCCUGAUCAAACCUACGAUGCAUGGACUGUUACUGGUGUGAGCACAUAUAGUGGUGGGCUCUGGGUAGCUGCUGUGCAAGCUGCCUCAGCAAUGGCUCGUGAGGUCGGUGAUGCUGCAGCUGCUGAUUACCUUUGGGCUAAGUUUCAGAAGGCAAAGUCUGUAUAUGACAAGUUAUGGAAUGGUUCUUACUUCAAUUAUGACAAUAGUGGUCGAAGAUCAAGUUCUUCAAUUCAUGCUGAUCAGUUGGCUGGUCAAUGGUAUGCUAGAGCGAGUGGUCUUUCACCUAUUGCUGAUGAAGAGAAGAUAAGAAGUGCUCUCAAGAAAAUCUAUGAUUUCAAUGUGUUAAAACACAAGGGAGGGAUGCGUGGGGCUGUAAACGGGAUGCUACCGAAUGGAAAACCUGAUAUGUCAGCUCUGCAGUCGAGGGAAAUAUGGACAGGAGUUACAUAUUCUCUUGCUGCUAAUAUGAUACAAGAGGGCUUGGUGGACAUAGCAUUUCAUACUGCAAGUGGGAUACACUCGACAGCAUGGUCAGAUAAAGGUCUUGGGUUUGGUUUCCAAACGCCCGAGGGCUGGAACACAUAUGAUCACUAUAGAUCCCUGUGUUACAUGAGGCCCUUAGCAAUUUGGUCAAUGCAAUGGGCUCUGUCAAAACCAAAGCUUCACAACCAGGAGAUGAACCACAUGAGUGAAAGUGAGAAUUCUUUGUAUGCAAAACAGAAUGCAGGAUUUCAAGAGGUUGCUGGCCUUCUCAAGUUACCAAAAGAAGAAGCUUCUAAAAGUUACAUUCAGUUGUUGCAUGAGUUUCUUUGCAAGAAAUUGUCAAUUUGACUGUCCAAGCGUUUCCUUUUAUUUCCUUUCCAAAUUAUUAAAGAAAUGAAGUGUAAAUGCUAAUGAAAAUAGCACUUUAGUACCCUGCUUGUUAUAAAUAUUACUCCAUUUAUUAUUGUGGAUGUCUAUCUUUAGGAGAAAAGUUAGGGUUAGUGACUUUGGUACCGAGCUACUUUUCCCCCUAUAAAUAGAGGGUUCUCUUCAUUGUAAUUUUAUCCCUCAAGAGAAUUCUCCUCUCUUC